CCUCUUGCAGCAUUCGAGAGAAAAACAUGAAACAGUGCUCAUCGUGGAGCUUUAGAAGUCUGCUCCUCAGUAUUGCAAUCGACCAGCGUCUUAGAAUUGACACCUGUCGAUAUCUAAUCGAGAUCCUUUCACGCCGCAUUACAGGCGUUUAAAGUUGGUUAGACCUGUUCCCACAUCUAUGGAGUUUCAUCUAGACAGUGCAGAAUACUGCCAGGCACAGCACAAAUAAAAAGUAAUCAAACAAGCAAGGCGGUGAUAGCCUGAGUGAACAUCGGUCACUGGUCUGUCUCUUUGGAAGUGUCGACGCGUCGAUAGGUUGUGUGUGGAUCAUAUCAGCGGAUCAACAGCAGUGGGCCAUAACGUCGUCUGUCUGGUCUCUUCCCCGUGGUCGUCUAUGAAACAGAUCGAGGAAGUUUCUGCUCCACUACACCACCCUUACCUUUAUUAUCGUCGCAGGAGUCUCCAUAUCAUCGCUGAAAAUAAAUAUUUUUAAGUGUAACAUCGAAAACUGAAGAAAGGAAACAAAAGAGUUGUUAGAUCCGAGAGGUACACUAAAAGAAAACAGGGAUUUAUUUCACGGAAACAAUUUCAUACCAUUUUCUUUGUGAUAGAAGAAAAUAGAAGAAAAAA